UCAAAAUCGCUAAAAAAAAGUCAGUUGUUAGAAAAUGAAAGACCAUAUACAAGAUAUGAUUGCAAUAGUAACCACGUAAAUAAUGCUGGGUGUGGGGGCGAAAAAGAUGUCCCAAUUUUAAUAUGCAAAGGUGGGAUAUGUAAAGAACGAGACAAUGGCUAUUAUGACCAAGACGUGAAACAUAUUUUAAUCGAUAACAUAUUGGGAUCCAAUAAAAAGUCCUGCGAUCAAAUCCUAGAAUGCAUCUUAAAGAGACAUGCUGAAGAAAAAAGGAAGAAUGUCUUUCAGAUUCUGUCAGAGUUAAUAAAGAAGAUAGUCGAGGAUUCUAGAAGGAAAAAUUAUCUAAGCUACACACAAUUACCUGCAGUGGGAUCAAUCGAUCCUUUAAGCUAUUUUCGUACAUUCAAGCCUCAAACUCCAACCACCCAAUUAUCUACAGGAGCUUCAGUCGAUUCCAAGUUAGAUGUGAUUAUAAUGCUUGAAUCACCUAUUGACUUAGUAGCUACCCCGAGUUCCUCUCAAUCUCUUACACCCAUGAUGCCAAAUUUUCGUUCUAUAAUGUCUCAUUCCUCCACACCACAAAUGCCUAUUUCCCAUUCAAUGAUAAUGAAUACAAAUACAAUGAAAUACUUUAAUCGUGCUAAUGAAGGUACCGGGGAAAAAGAUACACAUCAAGUUCAGGUAAAAGUUGAAAAGAUGAUGAUUGACCAUGGAAUUAAUUCUAAAAAUAUGGAUGCAUUGAUACAAUCACCUUCCGAAAACGAAGAAUUUUUUAACAAAAUUAUAGAGGAACAAAAAAUUCAACAAAAAGAGGAUAAAUCGUCCUCUAACAAUCAAAUAAUGGAUAAGAACAAAAACAAGGUUAUCUAUGCCACUGGGUAUCGGCCCGGUUUUUAUAAGGAAAACACCACUGAUCUAAAAGUUCAAAAUGCACCUUAUCAGAGAAUACAGGAGAAAUACCAAGUCAGAAGAUCGAAAACAGAAACUGAUUUACGGGAGACCAUAACUAUGCCCCCUUAUUAUAAGAGAUAUGAAGAUAAGACGAAGAUAAACGACAGUAAUAAACAGUCUCUGACAAAUGCAAAUGUAGUAAAACAAAUGCCUAAUAUUAUGGAUUAUGAUCAAAGUUACAUGAGAGAAAAAGAGCCCGAUAUGCGCUUACAAGACCGGGGAGAUGGAAUACGCAACAAUUAAUAGCGUUUCAUAGCUAUAUCAUCUAUUAAUAAUAUUUAAAUUAAUAUUGAAAAUUUGAUUUUAGUCAUAAUAAUUUUUUCUACAUAUUUAUAGUUCCUAUCCUUAAUGUUAUUGUGGUUUACAAAAAAUUAUUCAUUUACAAGAAAUGAAAAUUAAUAGAAAUGAAUUGAUUUAUUUAAUGAAUAAAUUAUACUUCAACACAUUGUUAUUUUUUAAAUAAAUAUGCGUGUAAUUAUUAUAAAUUUUAUGAUAUUGAACUUGAUCAUAAAUAAAAUAAAGCAUU